CUAGUAUUUGAGCUAGCAGUCUAGCACACGCAACAAUGUCUCCGCAACUCUCCCUCGUCGUCGUCGGCCUCCUCGUUUCCUCGGCCGUUUUCCGCUUCUGCAGCGCAGAUAACAUCCUCUACACAAAUGAUGUGCUCUCCGGAGGCGAAUCCCUCACCUACGGGGCCUACAGAUUCACCAUGCAGACGGACUGCAACCUGGUGCUGUACGACGGCGGAUCUCCUGUCUGGGCGUCGCAGACGUACCACAAGGGGACGGGCUGUGCUCUCAAGAUGCAGUCGGACGGCAACCUCGUCAUCUACGACAGCUCCGGCAGCCCCCUCUGGGCCAGCAACACCGGGGGAGAGCAAGGCAACUACGUUUGCAUUCUCCAGCGCGACCGCAACGUCGUCGUCUACGGCCCCGCGCUCUGGGCCACCGGGACUAACCGCGUCGGUACUCCCGGGGUCGUCAUAUCGGCGAACUCCACCGACACCGCCGCGCCCAAGGAAUCGAACGCUACUCCGGGAAUCGCCAUGGUGAUUAAUAAUAACUAGUGGUGCAAAAGAGAGAUCGAUCGAGCUUUUGUUUUCAGAAUAUAUAAUAAUUAAGUGCGACUAGUCGAUUAAGCUUCACUUAAUCAAGUCGCCUGCAGUAGCCCGUGAUCA